CAAUAUGGCGGUCGUACUGCAUAACCUUCGAUGUUUCGCAUUUCGACCGCCUAUUUCAACAGAAUUACACAUCAGAUCCUGUCUUCGUGGAUUACGAACAAGUCCUGCAGUGUUUGGUUUGGAAGAGUUUUUUCCACCUGAAGUAUUUAAAAAAGGAGAAUUGGCCAAGGAGAAAGUUCAUACAGGUAGAAAAUGGCGUGCUGGAGAACUGAGAGGAAAAAGUAAUGAAGACCUUCAUAAAUUAUGGUACGUUCUAUUAAAGGAAAGAAACAUGCUUAUGACUUUAAAGCAUGAAGCAAAAAGACAGAGUUAUCCAAUGCCCUCUCCUACAAGAACCCAUAAGGUUCAGAAGUCAAUGGCUGCAAUAAAACAGGUGCUUUCUGAACGGGAAAAAGCAGUGAAAAGCUUAGAAAAUGAAUCCUGGCCAUUUGAUGCAAUUCCAGAAGACACACCACCUACUGCCAUGGAAGAGGCCAAGGCAGAAUUUUCUGAUAAGAAAGAUUACCGGGAUUUGGUUAGAAUUCUGAAACAGGGAAUCAAAGUUGCUCGAUAAAAAUGACCUGUUCCUCUUUUAAAACUGUAGAAAGAACAACCAGGGCUUGAGAUGUAUGGGUGCAUAUGAUUUCAAAGUAUAACACAAACAGGCUAAGUUCAAAAGUAUUUUGAAUUGUCUGUUUUACUUCUGUCUUGAGAAAAAAGAAAGGAAACUUGCAUUACAGAGUCUGUUGACUUCAAACAUUUCCAUCUUUGGACACACAUUGUAAAAAUGAUAGCUGCUUUCUGUUUCUCUUUUGCAAUGUGGCACAAUUUCAUGUAGUUAAUUAAUAUGUCAUACAUGAUAUUGCAGCAAAAUUUGCCAUAGUUUUGGAAGACAUUGACCCAGCUUUUAAAUUGACCACUAGAAAUUUACUGCUGGUAUGCAUGGUAUGAGCUAAAAGCAGAGUAAUGAAUAUUUUCAGGCUCUGAGUACAAAUGUUGCAAGUCAAAGCUAAAAAGGAGCAUUUUUUGGAACUGAGAUGAAUUAAAAAUUUGCAACAAAAAAAAUCUAACAUUUUUUUAUUUAAUUUUCAAAGUUACCACAGACUGGCUAAAGCGAGAAAAGAAUCAUCUAAAGUCAAUACUUUCUUCCAUCUUGUCUUACAGUUAGUAUCUUUUGUGUUUGGAUUCUUGUAUCUUAGAAUUUAAUUUACAAAGAUUGAUGCAGGUAGAUAUAACCAGUGGAAAAUUGUAAUGUUAUUCUACAUGAAAGACAUGUAGUUACAACAUUAUUACAAUAAUGUACAAUGUUAUAAAUUAAACUGUUAAAAUUUGAACAGAGA